GGAAAGAUACAGAGCUUUGCUCGAAGAUAUGCGAAGUGUGGAAUUCAAGUAUCUCCGAAAAGCUCUUUACUCACAGGCUUUCAUCACAUUUAUUUUCUGGAGCUCCCCUAUAUUUGUUUCAGCUGUCACGUUCGGCACUUGCAUUUUGUUAGGCGGUCAGCUUACCGCAGGAAGCGUUCUUUCUGCUCUGGCUACUUUUCGGAUCCUGCAAGAACCACUUAGAAAUUUCCCUGAUCUGGUUUCAAUGAUGGCUCAGACCAAAGUCUCCCUUGAUCGAAUUUCUGGAUUCCUGCAGGAGGAAGAGCUGCCGGAAGAUGCAACCAUUGUUUUGCCACGAGGCAUUACAGAUGUGGCCAUAGAAAUCAAAGAUGGUGAGUUCUCUUGGGAUCCAUCUUCGCCAACCCCAACCCUGUCAGGAAUUCAAAUUAGGUUGGAGAAGGGUAUGCGUGUGGCUGUCUGUGGUGUGGUUGGUUCUGGAAAAUCCAGUUUCCUUUCCUGCAUCCUCGGUGAGAUUCCGAAAGUCUCCGGCGAAGUUAAAAUUUGCGGUUCUGCAGCCUAUGUCUCUCAGUCAGCUUGGAUACAAUCAGGAAAUAUUGAGGAAAAUAUUCUCUUUGGGUAUCCGAUGGAUAAGGCAAAAUACAAGAGCGUUCUUCAUGCCUGUUCACUGAAGAAAGAUUUGGAGCUUUUCUCGCAUGGCGAUCAGACCAUUAUUGGUGAUAGAGGCAUCAACCUUAGUGGUGGUCAGAAGCAACGAGUGCAACUUGCUCGAGCACUAUAUCAAAAUGCAGACGUCUAUUUACUUGAUGAUCCAUUCAGUGCUGUUGAUGCUCACACUGGUUCAGAAUUAUUUAAGGAAUACAUACUGACAGCGCUAGCGACAAAGACUGUGGUAUUCGUAACACAUCAAGUUGAAUUUUUGCCUGCUGCUGAUUUGAUUUUGGUUUUGAAGGAAGGCCGUAUUAUUCAGGCUGGGAAAUAUGAUGAGCUUUUGCAAGCUGGAACAGAUUUUAACACAUUGGUCUGUGCUCAUCAUGAAGCCAUUGAAGCUAUGGAUAUUUCCAACCAAGCUUCUGAAGAAUCAGAUGAAAAUAAUCCUCUUGUUAGGUCUAGUCUCAUGAGUAAAAAGUGUGAUCUAGUUGCUACUAAUAUGGAUGGCAUGGCAAAGGAAGUCGAAGAAGGUGCAUCAGCGUCAGUUAAGAAAGCAAUUAAGGAGAAAAAGAAGGCCAAACGUUCUAGGAGAAAACAACUUGUGCAGGAAGAGGAACGGGAACGUGGAAGAGUCAGCAUGAAAGUGUAUUUAUCAUACAUGGCAGCUGCAUAUAAAGGGAUGUUGAUUCCACUUAUUAUUAUUGCACAAGCACUAUUUCAGGUCCUUCAAAUAGCUAGUAAUUGGUGGAUGGCUUGGGCAAAUCCGCAAACCGCAGGGGACAAACCAAAAACCAGUAGUGUGGUGCUUAUUGGUGUGUAUAUGGCACUUGCUUUUGGGAGCUCCUGGUUCAUAUUUGUUAGGGCUGUCCUAGUUGCUACAUUUGGUCUUGCAGCAGCACAGAAGUUUUUCUUGAAAAUGCUCAGAACAGUCUUUCGGGCACCAAUGUCUUUCUUUGACUCUACCCCAGCUGGACGAAUAUUAAAUCGUGUGUCGAUUGAUCAAAGUGUUGUUGAUCUUGAUAUUCCAUUCAGACUUGGUGGCUUUGCUUCAACAACAAUCCAGCUUCUUGGUAUUGUUGGUGUAAUGACAAAAGUUACCUGGCAAAUUUUGCUACUCGUUGUUCCAAUGGCAAUUGCCUGCCUAUGGAUGCAGAAAUACUAUAUGGCUUCGUCAAGGGAACUGGUUCGCAUUGUUAGCAUCCAAAAAUCUCCAAUAAUUCAUCUUUUUGCCGAGUCAAUUGCUGGAGCAGCUACAAUAAGAGGGUUUGGCCAAGAAAAGAGAUUCAUGAAGAGGAAUAUCUAUCUUCUUGAUUGCUUUGCUCGGCCUUUCUUCUGCAGUCUUGCAGCUAUUGAAUGGCUCUGCCUGCGAAUGGAACUGGUCUCAACAUUUGUAUUUGCUUUCUGCAUGGUUUUACUUGUGAGCUUCCCACAUGGAAGUAUAGAUCCAAGUAUGGCAGGACUUGCUGUGACAUAUGGUCUUAAUAUGAAUGCACGUCUAUCACGAUGGAUACUUAGCUUUUGCAAGCUUGAGAACAAAAUUAUCUCCAUAGAAAGGAUUCAUCAAUACUGCCAUAUACCUAGUGAAGCUCCAGCAGUUAUUGACGAUUUUCGUCCCCCAUCCUCUUGGCCUGAAAAUGGAACAAUUAAAAUAAUCGAUUUAAAGGUUCGUUACAAGGAAAGCCUUCCUGUUGUGCUUCACGGCGUGUCCUGCACUUUCCCUGGUGGGAAGAAAAUUGGAAUUGUUGGACGUACUGGUAGUGGUAAAUCCACUUUGAUUCAGGCCCUGUUUCGAUUGAUUGAACCAGCAGAUGGCAGAAUAAUUAUAGACAACAUUGAUAUCUCAAUGGUGGGCCUUCAUGACCUUCGCAGCCGGUUGAGUAUCAUACCCCAAGAUCCAACAUUGUUUGAAGGAACGAUUAGAGGAAACUUAGACCCACUCGAAGAGCAUUCAGAUCAAGAAAUUUGGCAGGCACUCGAUAAGUCUCAGCUGGGUGAGAUGGUUCGCCAAAAAGAGCAAAAGCUUGAUACACCUGUGCUUGAAAAUGGAGAUAAUUGGAGUGUGGGACAGCGACAGCUAGUAUCUCUUGGUCGGGCUUUACUUAAGCGGGCAAGAAUUUUGGUGCUUGAUGAAGCUACAGCCUCAGUUGAUUCGGCCACAGAUAACCUUAUCCUAAAGAUUAUUAGGACAGAAUUUAAGGAUUGCACUGUUUGUACGAUUGCUCAUCGAAUUCCUACUGUUAUUGAUAGCGAUCUGGUUCUGGUCCUUAGUGACGGUCGAGUUGCAGAGUUUGACACUCCGGCAAGAUUAUUGGAUGACAAAUCUUCCAUGUUUCUUAAGCUAGUAACGGAAUACUCCUCGAGGUCAAGUGGAAUACCGGAUUUCUGAUUUAAUGUCGUGCAUGAAAUCUGGUCGAGAAGGCUAAAAGUGCCCACAGGAUGUUACCUGGAAUGUCAUAAUCUGAAAGUCGCAGGUAGGAAAUAGUUUAAGCUCAGGUCGAUAUAAGAAAAUUCUUCCCCUUUUAGGCACAACGGGGAAUUCACUCACUGCACAAUUUGUACCAUAGAAUAAAUUUUGGUAAGAGGUGGCAGAACAAAUGAGGAGGCAAUUGUAUUUUACAUGUGCAAUAAAACAGUGUUUUUUGUUGUUUUGUU